GGCUGCGAGAGCAGAGGAAACGCAACACUUGCACUGGAAAGAGAAAGCCAGAUACAGAAACCGCACCAGCUGUCUGCGCCGACAAUUAGUCGUUGGCAUGCUGGCGAAGUGACAACUUGAAUUGCGAUUUUUCUGCCCCGAAUUGGCGGCACGAUGACUGCGACCGUGAAUGUCGUCGGCAACACCAGCCCUGUGAAGAUCCUAGCCAACAUUUUCAUUUCGUUCAUCGGCGCUGGAAUUUUGGGACUGCCUUAUGCCUUUAAAGAGGCCGGCAUUAUUGAGGGCAUUGUGGUUAUGGUAAGUGUAGCAGUGAUCAGCGUCAAGGCCAUGAUGAUGGUGGUUGACAGCAAAUACCACAUAGAGAACGUCCUGCUGGCGCAAAGCCCCAAAAACAAGCCGGCCAGGUUUGUCGAACACAAAGUACCACUUUUAAUUGAAGAUUCCUCUGAUGAUAGCGAUGUAAAAUCCAACCCCAUCAGAAUCGUCCCUCAAGUUGUCACGUACGGUGAUAUAGGGUUCUAUGCGAUGGGGAAUACAGGAAGGGCGUUAGUAGACUACUCUGUGGUAAUUUCACAGACAGGUUUUUGCUGCGCUUAUUUGAUGUUCAUAAUGGAGAAUGGAACUUCGUAUUUUCAUUUUAUGACCCGUACUCAUUGGCUGGUAAUUUUACUGCCCCUUCUGUACUUGCUAGUCCUGCCGAGGCACCUGAGUAGAUUGGCUGUUUUCAGUAUUUUUGCUCAAAUCUCGAGCAUUUUCGCAUUCGGCGUCGUUUUCUGGUUCGACUUCCAGCACUACAAUGUCGCCAGAUUUCAUCCCAAAGAGUAUUCAGUACAAGGCUUGCCGUUUUACUUUGCUGUCGCAAUUUACUGCUUUGAAGGAGCUGGAAUGAUUUUGUCCCUGGAGCAGUCUUUAGCUCCGAAAGUGAGGCACCGGUUCAAGGAGUAUUUUAUUUCAUCCAUGUUCGCGGUCACAUUCCUUUACAUCGCGUUUGGAGUGUCAGGUUAUCUCUCCUUUGGUCCAGAAACCAGUGACAUCAUUACUUUUAAUUUGCCUCGGUCUUCGAGCGAAGGGGUGAAUUUUCCUAUGAUCGUGACGUGUUGUCUGUGCGUGUCGCUUUUCCUCACAUACCCUAUAAUGAUGUUCCCCGUUUUGGAGCUGCUUGAGGCUCGAUAUAUCAUUUCCGACGGACUCCUUAAGGGAAAUUUGCUGCGGCUAUUUCUGGUGUUGCUGACCGGAGUGAUAGUGUCGGUGGUUCCGAACUUUGGCACUUUGAUGGCCCUAAUCGGCUCCUCGUGCUGUACUCUUUUGGCCUUCAUCUUGCCCGGACUUUUCCAUUUGAAACUUUUUAAAGGAAACCACACGAGCGUCUUGCAAAAAGGUUUCAACGUCUUCCUAAUCGUGCUAGGUGUGGUUGGAACGGUUAUCGGACUGCGCGACGUCUUUUCGCGCAUGGGGAAUCAGGUUUCCCAUCACCUGACCGAACAGCCAACCUUGUGAUCAAGUCAAUGCGACUGUGAUAAUUAAUUAUUCAUGUAUGUAUAUGUGUUCCUAAAUCGCAGCUGUGAAAAACGGGGUUCAGCUCAAUACCAGAGCCAAUAAUCAAGUCAGUAUUUUAUGAUCUGAAUUUAAUCAACAGCAUUGUGAAACUUCCAACUAUUUUACUUUUAUUGCUUGAUAGCUUGAAUCAAAGUUUUGGUUUUUCAAAAUAAGUGUAUCUAUUUGGUAUUGCACAAUUUAUCUUUACACCUUUUUAAAAUUCUUAAGUCUUCUCUCGAGUGAAAAAAUGUGUUCAGCGUAAAAUGUUUGUACGCACAGGAAGAAAAACAGAUAAAACGUAGAGUUAUACGCUAUCAAAUCUAGUUUUAUUCACUGUAAGUUUCACUAGUGAAAGCCCAACACAGGGUAUUUCCCUAAGUGCUCUUCCAACACAUUAGGAAACAUGGAGAAAAACUUGAAACGUUCUCCCAUUUUAGACGCGUCAGUCAUCAUUUCCACGCCGCUCUUUAAAAUUGCCUUUUGCUCUGCUGACAGGCCGUCAUUUUGCAGCAAAAUCUGCGAAUUUUAUAGAUUGGUUGAAAAAAAAUUAUCACUGGAGGCGUGUACGUUGAUUGUGACAAGGAAACGGACUGACUUACGUUACAAAUAAUUGGCUUUUUAUCUCUCACGAUUUCAGAUUCUUCUGCGUGCAUUUUCAUUUGGCAAAAAAUUCAGUCAUGUCAGUAUACAUAUACAAUUCUGAAUGAUCUCUUUUAUAUAUUAUAUUAUAGCAAUUAAUAAUUUUCAAAUCAUAUUAAAAAAAUAAAACGCAUAAUUUUCAACUCUUUAAAAUGUUCUAGCAAGUCGUCCUGGUCCCGGCAAAAUUACGCAACUUUCAACAAA